AUGAUAGCAGGACACAGGGUUAGGGACAGGGACAGAGGGGAUUCUAACGGUAACAUGAAGUUGGAUAUGAAUUUGAAUUUGGACCAUCACCACCUCAAUCUGCAAAUGCCCAUGGUUUCGAAGGGAUUGGAUGACGAUGGAGAUGGAGAUGGAAAUGGAGAUGAACAUUUGCACGGUGGUGGGUUGGAGAAGUUUUCGAAUUACCGGCCGCUUCCGAAAUCAUCGUCGACACCGCUGACUUCAGCUGGAGUGGAACAACUGGAGCCUACUACCACGGCUCCAGUCGAUCCUCUAAUAACAACACAGACGGCAGGAGCAGCCGGAAUGCACGCCAGGAAGAUGUCGCUUCCGCCUGUCACGAAGGUGGGAAACAGUCCGGCGCAACAGGUUGUGAUGAACAACGCACAUAGACUGUCCACGAAGUCGCUUCCUGUAACGCGAAGAUCGACCAGAGAAAGCAUACGGUACGCUCCGUACCAUCCAGGUAAACACGCACGCAUCAUUCCCGUGGACUCGGACUCGUCGUCGACUUGUUCGUCUGAUUCAGGUGCGGAAUUACACUCGCAGCACUCGGCCGCACGGUCGCCGUCUUCUUAUAAUGUUGGCCCAGGCAUGGGCGCAAGUAUAACUGGAACGGCAACUACAACGGUAACUGCCCUGCGCACGAUCUCCACCGGUUCCAACAAUUCGGUGCCCAGUCUGCAGUACGCAUCGCCCAGGGGCAGGCGAUCCAUCGUCAAGUCCUCCACAGAACUGUAUCUGGCGGGGCCCAGAAGAAGCAUGCAACACUCUCGCAAAAAUUCCGAAUACGCUCCGGGCCAGGCGGCAGCUGCCGCCUUGUCCGGUUCCAUGCAAUCAUUGAACUUAAACCAGCAGCAGCAGCAGCAGCAGCAGCAGCAGCCAGGUAUCAGCAAGCCAAAACACUCGUACGAAAGUCGACACACCAUCAACAACGAUGGAGGCCCCAAGAUGUCCGAGUCCGCAGCACUGGAAAUCCAAAAAAUGAGACAGUCCCUAUUGCACAAACGUGAGAUGAGACGCAAACAGAAAAAGUUCUUGGACGACGAUAAGGUCUUGGUGGGGAAAAAAGUUACAGAGGGCCACGUGAAUUUCAUCAUCGCUUAUAAUAUGCUUACCGGUAUACGUGUAGCAGUAUCGCGGUGCUCGGGUAUCAUGAAACCAUUGACAGAUAAGGAUUUCAAACUAACUAAAAAACUAGCCUUUGAUUACCACGGCAAUGAGUUGACCCCGAGUUCUCAGUACGCUUUCAAAUUUAAGGACUAUUGUCCCGAAGUGUUCAGAGAACUAAGGGCUCUCUUCGGAUUAGACCCAGCAGACUACUUGAUGUCGUUGACCUCCAAAUAUAUUUUAAGCGAAUUGAACUCUCCAGGAAAAUCAGGCUCCUUCUUUUACUUCUCCCGCGAUUAUAAGUACAUCAUCAAGACAAUCCACCACGCUGAGCAUAAACACUUACGGAAAAUAUUGCGGAGAUACUACGAGCAUAUAAAAGUUAAUCCGGAUACUUUAAUAUCCCAGUUCUAUGGGUUGCAUAGAGUUAAGAUGCCCAUCUCUUUUAGAAGUAAGAUAAAAUACCGAAAGAUUUAUUUCUUGGUCAUGAACAACUUGUUCCCGCCACAUCUGCAUAUACAUACAACUUUCGAUUUGAAAGGCUCUACUUGGGGACGGUAUACAAAAUGGGAUAAAUCGCAGGACAGCCAGGAAACGCCUGUACUUAAGGACUUGAAUUGGAUAGAGAUGAAAGAGAAAAUCAACUUGGGCCCUCUAAAAUCAAAGAAAUUUCUACAACAAUUGGAGAAAGAUGUGGAUUUGUUAGCGGAGCUAAACAUCAUGGAUUAUUCUUUGUUAUUGGGGAUCCACAAUAUUGAAAAGGGCAAUGACUUGAUCGAGGAUGGUGCGAAAGACGCAUCUACUGGUGCUGGUGCUGGUGCUAGUGCCGAUGUUGGUGUUGAUGGGGACAUUAACGGCGUUGGACUUGGUGAUGACGAAGAUUUUGCCAAUUCUUCUCAAGACCCUACCGUAAUGCCCUUACUUACUCACACCCAAAGCUCAAGACGAAACACCCUGCAUCAACACCACCCCAACCAUCGCCAUCAUCGCAGACAUACGCAUCACUCGAUCAUACAACCGACAAACAACACGCAGGUGGUUAGCCACUUUUUCCAACAGGAUGAGGGCGGUAUAAGGGCCUCUGACCAGCUCAAUCGUGAUUUGAACCAAAUCUAUUUCGUAGGUAUUAUUGACUGUUUGACUAACUACUCACUAGUGAAAAGAAUGGAAACUAUAUGGCGAAGCCUAAACCAUGAUCUUAAAACGAUCAGCGCUGUACCACCAAGACUGUACGGUAACCGAUUUUAUCAUUUCAUUGAGGAUUCAGUGAAUAAGCACUACUACGAAGACAACCCUGAUCAGCCACGAUACACCGAUAACUUGUAA